UAGUUCUUAUCGUUAGAAGCUUUAGUUUAUAAUGAUGAAACUUGUUUCGGUUCUUCUCUUCCUUACUUUCCUCUCUUCCUCUCAAGCAAUUAAAUGCUAUGUGUGCAGUUCAUUGUGUGACCAAGACGGAAACAAUGUAGGAGACCUAGAGGAAUGCGCUGAUGUUUCAAAUGCUUGCCAAAUAACAGGACAACCCGAUGGACAAGUUUUAAAAUCAUGCUGGCUUUCACCCGGGUUCACCAUUGGCUGCUCUGAAGUUGGAGCUACGAAAACAUGUUGGUGCGAUACUGACGGUUGCAAUAAGGAUUUUGAUACUGCAGGUGCUGGAUCUCUCAGUGUUGGAUUGAUGGCAGUUGUUGGAUCCAUUCUUCUUAGAUCUAUGCUUUAAAUCCAUUCUUCUUUGAUCCCUGCUUUAAAUCCAUUCUUCUUUGAUCCAUGCUUUAACCCCAAUCUUUUCUUUAUUUAAUCCAUGAAUUCUUUGAUUAAAAAUUCACUUUCAACUUUAAUAAUUGGAAAAAUAUUGACAAAAAUCUUUUAUUUUUACGAUUUAUUUUAUUACUUAAAUAUUUGAUUUGCAUUUAAAUAAACUCCGCUUUUAUCACUUUAUGUAAACAUUGGUUUGAUAAAUAAAGCUUUGAUUGAAAUUUGUACA